AUGGAUAUCGUACAAGCCGUCUCCGGCUACAUCACCAAGAUGGUGUCCGUCGGAGACAGUGCAGCUUCAGGCACUUCAGCAGCCAAGAUGAAGAUAUUGCUGCUUGACAGCGAGACGGUCCCUAUCGUUUCGACCGCAACCACGCAAUCCGCAUUGCUGAACCAUGAGGUCUACAUUACAGACCGGCUAGAUAGUGAGACCAGAGAAAAGAUGCGGCAUCUUCGAUGCCUUUGCUUUGUCCGUCCGUCCCCGGAAUCCAUUCAGUUCCUGAUUGAGGAGCUGAGGGAACCUAAAUAUGGAGAAUACAACAUCUACUUCAGCAACAUAAUACGGAAAUCGUCUUUGGAGAGACUCGCCGAAGCCGACGAUCACGAAGUCGUAAGAGCUGUUCAGGAGUACUUCGCCGAUUACCUUGUCAUCAAUCCGGACCUCAUGUCUCUUAAUCUUGAAUAUCCCAAGAACAAGAUUUGGGGGAACAAUCCUGAUCUGUGGUACCCGGACUCCUUACAAAGAUCAACGGAAGGUAUCAUAGCUCUGCUUUUAUCUUUAAAGAAGAAGCCAUUGAUACGGUAUGAGAAGAACAGCCUGUUGGCAAAAAAGCUGGCGACGGAAGUCCGGUACCAAAUGACGCAAGAAGAGCAGCUUUUCGACUUUCGAAAGACAGACACCCCUCCUAUCUUACUCAUAGUGGACAGGAGAGAGGAUCCCGUGACACCUCUGCUCACUCAGUGGACAUAUCAGGCAAUGGUCCACGAACUGUUGGGAAUCAAGAACGGACGGGUUGAUUUGAGCGAUGUGCCUGAUAUCCGGCCCGAGCUAAAGGAAAUCGUCCUAUCCCAAGACCAAGACCCUUUUUUUAAGAAAAACAUGUACCUCAACUUCGGUGACCUUGGCCAGAAUGCCAAAGACUACGUGGAGCAAUUUGCGUCAAAGCAUCAAGGCAAUCUGACUCUAGAAUCCAUUGCCGACAUGAAACGCUUCGUGGAAGAUUAUCCAGAGUUUCGCAAGUUAUCUGGCAAUGUCACAAAACAUGUCACCCUUGUUGGCGAACUGAGUCGACGGGUCGGUCAAGAUCAUUUGCUCGAUGUCAGCGAGCUGGAGCAAAGUCUGGCUUGCAAUGACAAUCAUUCCAAUGAUCUCAAGACCCUUCAAAAUAUCAUUCAAAACACCGCCAUACCUGCAGACAACAAACUCCGCCUUACUGCCAUUUACGCGUUGAGAUAUCACAAGCAUCCUUCUAAUGCUAUUCCCGUUCUUCUUGAUCUCCUUGCCGUUGCAGGGAACCUGUCCCGUCACCGGAUUGACAUGGUCAACAAACUUCUAAUGUAUCAUCAGUCACUGCAAUCCAUGGCAGCUGGAAGUGGUAUCCCUGAUCUCUUUCAAUCUGGCUCUCUUUUCAGCAGUGCCCAAAAUCGUUUCAAAGGUUUGAAAGGUGUUGAGAAUGUUUACACCCAACAUUCACCGCGUCUCGAAGGCACUCUGCAAGAUCUCAUUAAGGGACGGUUAAGGGAACAGUUAUACCCUUUUGUUGAGGGUGGAGGCGCCACGAGGGACAAGCCUCAAGACAUUAUCAUUUUCAUGGUGGGCGGUACAACAUAUGAAGAAGCGAAGAUGGUUGCUCAGGUCAAUGCCAGCUCGCCAGGUGUUAGGGUUGUCCUUGGUGGCACUACAGUUCACAACAGCACAUCUUUCUUCGAGGAGGUUGAGGAUGCCGUGGAAUCGUGGCCUGAGCCCGCGCCCACAACAGUGGCUGGUAGACUCAGGAGAGAAAUCGGUCGAUGAGUGGUUGUUGUGGAGGCGUAACAAGGCGUUAAUGGGUUUUAUGCAUAGCUGGAUUGUGGUAAAUCCGUACUAGAUGAUCUCUAAUGACUAGUUCAUCCACCGCU